CGGCGCGUCAGAGCGCGAUGGCGCGGGGCACCCGGAAGUAGCGCCGUUCUCUGGCGGUGGGGGCUGGUCGUCAUGGCGACGGCGGCGACGGCGGCUGCGGCGGCGCCCGCCGAGGAGGCCGCAGAGACCCGGCCGCAGGGCGCCAAGCAGGAUCCUGCCAUUGAGACAGCAGAAGAAGCAACUGAACCUGCAGAGGCAGAUAUCAAUGAACUUUGUAAGGAUAUGUUCAACAAAAUGGCCAUUUACCUCACAGGUGAACUGACAGCCACCAGUGAAGACUACAGACUCCUGGAAAACAUGAACAAGCUCACGAGUUUGAAAUACCUGGAAAUGAAAGAUAUCGCUAUAAACAUCAGCAGAAACCUGAAAGACUUGAAUCAGAAAUACGCCGGACUGCAGCCCUACCUGGAUCAGAUCAACUCGAUCGAAGAGCAGGUGGCCGCUCUGGAGCAGGCGGCCUACAAGCUGGACGCGUAUUCCAAAAAGCUCGAAACAAAGUACAAAAAACUGGAGAAACGAUGAGAGAAGCCCUUCCUGUAAUGGGCCUUCCCCCCCCCCCCUUUUCCGGAAUUCUUGACUGGCUUCCAGGCAGUCAGAAAACGCAUCCCUGACUUUACAGAAUGCGUACGGAGAGAAUACUGCCGACCAGAAUCGUGGCAAAACUCCUGGAACAGGGACGGCUGCUCUUUCCUGAGGCGGAAACGUCUUCCUUCCUCUACUCGGAGACACUGGGCCCUCUUUCCCCUUCUCCUUCGCACUUGACCAAGAGCUGAUCCCCGUUCGCAGCCACUGCUGCAGCUCGCCUGCCCCAAGGACUCCCUUUUCCCUGCAGCUGCUGCACCUGCAAGCUGCCGCACCUUGCUUGUCUGUCCUUGACUCUUGUUUGAGCUGGCGCACGGCCGUUCCUCUGGCCUGGAAAGCCACACUCGGUUUGUGAGUCUGGACGCUUCCAGGGCGCGGCGAAGCAGGGUCUUGCAGGAACAGCGGCGUAGCCUAGUAGAGCAUCCUCCCUGCUGUACUUUUCUUUGUGCACAAUAA